AUGGGCUAUUAUGCCAGCGGUGAUACACGAAAAAUAAUACAAACUUCUGACGAUGAUGAAGGUUAUGAAAAUCAAUCAUCUUGUACUACAGUAUCUGUUGGAAUAUUAAAUCAAUUAGAAGAUAGAAAUAAACAAUACUUUAUAUUUGGAAUUUCUCAAGGAAUUUCACCCACACCAACACCACCAAUAUCCGAUGACACUGAUCGACCAUUCUGGGCUGAAGAUGAAUUAAGUAGUUCAGAAUCAAAGCAGCAAUUAAACGAGAAACAGAAACGUCGGCGUAGUUUAUCUUAUCGUAAUCGUAUUGCAGUACACAGAAGUCGGUCUUUACUUUUUCAAUCAUCAAGUUCUAGUUUAGAUUCAUUAUCUGAACGAAUUUCACCUGGAGUUUUUAGACGAGAACAAUUUACGAAACAAUUCAAUAUAGAACAAAUCGGUUAUAGUAAAACAAAGAAGAAAUAUGCACGAAAAAAAGGAACUUCUUAUUUAAAUAAUGGUAAAACUAUUUGUACAAAAAAUAAAAAUAUUAAUCGGAAAUAAAUCCAAAGG